UGACUACUCCGCUACUUCUCUGAGCAUUUCAUCUUCUUCUUCAGCCUCUACAGUCUUGAGAGUGGGAGAGUGACUUUGAGAGCAAAAAGACUGAUUUUUAAGAGAUUCUGGAUUUGGAAUUAUUUUAUUACUAAAAUAAGAGAAAAUGGUGAUGAGUAACAGCAAGUAUGAACAAACAAGAACACAGAGAAUGGAAGAGAACAAGAAGAGAAUGGAUGAACUCAAACUCAAUAGUUUGGUUCUCAAUCUCAAAAACUCCUCAGCGAAACCCUCACAGGAAAAACCACCAAAACGAAGAAUGAUUCAGAAAAAGCUGGAGUUUGUUCAAGUACGAAGAUCAAGUCGUAACGCCGACAAACCCACGCCGGUUUACAAAGAAGUUUUUGUUUUUGAGUAUGAAAGGGCUAUUAGAAAAGGGUCAAGACCUAGAGGAUUGAGAGAUUCAAUGGAGAAUUUCCCAGUAGCAAGUGAGAAAGAAAGAGCAAUUGCAACUGAGAAAGCUUGUGAACUUGAGUUAUCUCUUGGAAAUGAAUUUCAAUCUUUUGUUAAACCUAUGCUUCAUUCUCAUGUUAACCGCGGCUUUUGGUUGGGUCUGCCUAAUGGUUUUUGCAAGAAGUACCUACCCAGAAAGGAUGCAUCAAUUACACUGGUUGAUGAAAAUGGAGAAGAGUGUGUUACAAAUUACCUUGCGGAGAAGGUUGGCUUAAGUGGUGGCUGGAGAGGAUUUGCCUUGGAUCACCAACUUAUUGAUGGGGAUGCUUGUGUAUUCCAAUUAAUCAAGCCUACCCAAUUUAAGGUUUACAUAGUCCGGGCAGCUAAUGUUUCAUAUCCUGAGGAAUCAGCUGGUGUUUCAAAUGAUGAGGAAUCCUCCUCAUAGAUUAGAUCUUCUCGAAUCAGAGCAACAGCAGACGGAGUAAAAAAUGGAAGGUUUCGCGCAACAACAGAUGGAGUUGGGGAAAGUUUUUUGGUUGUUGUUGUUGCUAGUGCCAUGCACUGCAUUUUGUCAAUAAGAUAUCUUACUCUUACAAUUUCAAUGAGGUCUUUUUGUUAUUCGAAAGUUCAAACCAAACUGUAGGUUCUUGCUACAAUGUCUUGUUUCGAAUACGAAAAAUCUGUUACGCUUUUCAUGAA